AUGUCUCAGAAGUACUUUGAAGCAAAAGAUAGUGAUGUUAUUGUUGCUAGUUUUCCAAAAUCAGGGACAACAUGGUUGAAAGCCAUUACUUUUGCCAUUGUCAAUCGUCAAAGCUUUUCGUCCAUAGAGAACCAUCCAUUACUUGAGACCAACCCUCAUGAACUUGUGCCUGCUGUUGAAUUUAUGUAUCGUGGUGAUGUAGAUUGCCCAACCACUGAGCCAAGAGUUUUUGGAACUCACACUCCGUUCCCCUCCUUGCCCAAGUCCAUCAUGGACUCUAACUGUAAGAUAAUUUAUAUUUGUAGGAACCCUUUUGACACUUUUGUUUCAGCAUGGACUUACUUUAAUAAAAUUAAGCUAGAGCCUUUAUCUGCAUUACAGAAAGAGGAAGCUUUUGAAAUGUUUUGCAAUGGGGUAAUCGAGUUUGGUCCAUGGUGGAGCCAUAUGUUAGGUUACUGGAAGCAGAGCAAAGUUACACCAGAUAAAGUUUUGUUUUUGAAGUAUGAAGAUCUUAAAGAGGAUGCCAAUUUCCAUGUGAAAAGAGUUGCAGAGUUUUUGGGUUUUCCUUUCACUGAGGAGGAAGAAAGUAACAGUGUGAUUGAAAACAUAGUGAAACUGUGUAGCUUUUCGAACAUGAAGGAUUUGGAGGUGAAUAAAUCUGGAGUAGUGUACCGAUUUCUUGAGAAAAAGUACUUCUUUCGAAAAGCAGAAAUAGGAGAUUGGCUUGAACUAGCUAUAGCAUUAACCAUGUCUCCCUUCAAAUCUUACGGCAAAGUUGAUGAAUCAGAGCAAGUCAUGCUCGAAGUUCGCCGCAGAACCCGAAAGAGAAUCACCAUCAUAGCCUUAUCCACAAUAGUUCUCAUUGGAGUUGUGUGUGCUGCAGUUUUUGGAACAGUUGCUCAUAACAAUAACAACAACAACAACUCGAAUGAUGGUGAAAAUGCUUCUUCUAUUUCCAACUCAGUGAAGGAUGUUUGUGAUGUGACACUCUACAAGGACGCGUGCUAUAGCAGCCUUGGUUCUCUUGCGGAGUCGGGUCAGGUUCGACCUGAGGACUUAUUCUUGUUGUCUAUUAAAGUGGCCUUAGGUGAGGCUUCUAAGGCUGCUGAGUAUUUCUCUCAGAAGGUAGGGUUCAGUGGCUUCAAUGUUGAUAACAGGACCAUGGAAGGUUUUAAGAACUGCAAUGAUCUUCUGGGUCUUGCGAUUGAUCAUCUGAAUAGCUCUUUGGCUUCUGGUGGGAAGUUUUCCUUGCUUGAUACGCUGGAGGAUCUCAGAACAUGGUUGAGUGCUGCAG